AUGUCGACCGCACUCUCUGCCCGGAGCAGCUUCAAAUGUAUCGGUUAUUCUUCUGUUUCUGCGUCUGAGAGGAAAAGAACGGAGACUUUGAGACGGCGAUAUUGCGCGACGAAGACAACAUUUUCAUUCGAAAGAAAUCAACGCGUAGGGGACACGGACAUCCACAUCGCAGACGUCACGCUCGGCACGAUGACCUUUGGGAAACAAAACACGGAAAAAGACGCGCACGAACAACUCAAUUAUGCAAUCAAAGAGUUCGGGGUGAACUCCAUAGAUACGGCGGAAAUGUACGCCGUUCCUGCGGACGCGAAAACGCAAGGGAAAACGGACGAAUACAUCGGUUCGUGGUUGAAGGAGAAAGACGUGAAACGAGAGGAGAUUAUAUUGAUGACGAAAGUUGCCGGGAGGAGCGAAAUGCAAUUGAGAGGGCGAAUUCCCGGGGAGGAGAACAGAUUGACGGCGAAACAGAUGGAAUUAAGCGUGGAGUGUUCGUUGGAGCGACUUCAAACGGAUUACGUCGACGUGCUUCAACUGCACUGGCCGGAUCGAUACGUUUCGCUGUUCGGAGGCGUUCCUUACGAAAGAACGAGCGAACGCGAGGACGACGUUUCGUUCGAAGAACAAGCUGAAUGCAUGUAUAGACUGAUUAAAAGCGGGAAGGUGAGAUACUUUGGAACGUCGAAUGAAACGACGUUUGGCGUUUGCGAGUUUGCAGCGUUGGCGAAAUAUAAGAAAGAACAGUCCCCGAAGAUGCAAACGAUACAAAACGGGUACAAUUUACUCCAACGAAUCGCGUUUGAAACCGAUUUAAACGAAGCGUGUUCGCCGAAGAAUCACAACGUCAGCUUCUUAGCGUAUUCUCCAUUAGCCGGCGGCGCCUUAACCGGUAAAUAUUUAAAAGCAUCCGAACCGCCAAAGAACAGUCGAUUCACGCUCUUCCCCGGAUAUAUGGCUCGAUUCAACGAACCGCGAUUGAAAAACUGCUUGACGGAAUACCAAACCUUAGCCGAGGAAAGCGGCUUAACGCUGACCGAUUUAUCCUUGCGUUUCGUUCGAGACCGCGAUUUCGUCUGUUCGAGCAUCAUCGGCGCGACGACCAUGCCCCAGUUGGAGGAAAAUUUGAAAGCGUAUACGCAACCGCCUCUCGGAAAAGACGUCGACGAUGAAAUCGAGAGAAUUUAUAGAAAGUAUAGAGACCCCGCGCAAAGCACGAAAACUUCGUGA